AAUUACCGACUGUUACUAAUGUAUUUUUAAAAGCAACAUGGAUACCGUUAGAUCAUGAUAUGAAAGCCGUCAACGAUCGGAUGUGGAGCAUUAAGGCAUUAAUAUGCAUCUAUUAUAAAAUAUAAUACUACGAUAAUUAAAUUAAUUUUCAGUAAACAGAUUGUAAUUACGUGUAUCAAUACUGUGCAAGUUUUAUUUCAUUAACGAAAAUUUGAUUGUGUAUUGUAAAUAUAACCUACAAAUUUUGUAUACCUGUCGACAUCAACGUCAUGCAUUUGACAAUUUAAGUGUAAACGAGUAUGUUAACAUAUUUCAUGCGAGAACAUGUGUUCCAAAUAUAACACAUUUAUCAAAAUAUAUGUUUAAAUAAGUUACGUUACAAAAUAUUAUACAUGGAUUUGAACAUUUCUAUUUACAUUAACUUAUCAGAAAACAAUGGGAGAAUUAAAUGUUUGCUUUCAAAUAGAUACAGAUAAUCGAGAAAACUUUCCAUCCGUAACUGCCUUUCAGUCUUUCAAAAAGCAAAGAGAUGCAUUUUAUGAAAUAUUUAGAUUGUGGGAAGAAAAUCAUACAGUACCAGGAUGGACAUUUCAGAUAGCUCUAGGAAGUAAAAUACGAAGUAUGUUGACUUUGCACAAUGAUGCUAUAAAUUAUUAUCAUUUUGCAAGAUUGUUUAAAUCUCAACUUUUAAUUUCAUGUGUACAUAAAAGACUACAGUUGGAGGAAGAAGAUGCUGAAAGUAUAAGUUUUUUAAAAGCUUUAAAACAUGUAAAUCCACAAAAGCUGAAUCAACUUCAAAAACGUUUAGUAACUCCACAACCCUCCAAAAAUCAAGUCAUGGAACCAUCUUUUCCAGGAGUUCAAGAAUUUUUCAAAGACUUCAUAUUGUUUGCUUUUAAUCCAAUUUUUUAUGUUCAUUUAGAAAACUGUUUGAUUCAUGAAAUAAUGGAAUUAAACGAUACCCAGUUCAGUGGGAGUGAAAUAGAAGAUUCAGAAACAAUGGUCGAUGAACAAACACAACAAAAUUUUAGCACCUGUUUAUUCAGUUUACGACUUCUUGCAAAAAUCUUAGGACUUAUUAUGUCUAUACCUUAUAAAUCAGAAUCAAGUAACUUUCAAGAUUUAAUAGCUACUCAGGUAGAAAUAAGAAGUAAGAUGUUACCAACGAUACAUCUACAUCUCUGCCUUCAAAAUGCAAUAGCAUCAGGAAGAUUAUCAUUAACUGUGCCCUGGGUAGCAAAAUAUUUGGCUAUGAUGGAUACUGUGACCCUUCGAUUACCAUAUUAUAAACAUGUAUUAGAGCUAUUGUAUUACAUAUACAAAGCUGUAAACAAUCAGGAUUCUAAGGCACCGGAUACUACCAUUCCUAGGCAAACGGCGAUACUCUUGAAGUCUACUUUAAGUUGGUUAUUUGAUCUACCAAAAUUUCCAAAGGAUUUCUAUCCUUCGUGGCAAAAGGCAUGCAAAGUCAAAGAAUUAAAAAAUUUGGAGCAGCUUGACAAACAUUAUGUGCAAAAAUAUGUAUUGUUAGGAGAAUCGAUAGAUCCUGUGGCAUCCAGCAAAUGCAAUUUGGACAAGUUAAAUAUCAUUAAUGACAACACUAUACGUAUAUGCUGCCCUACAAUUGGACAAGUACCAAUACCGAACACCAAAAUGAAUUCGAACAAUUGCAAUUCGAAUAAGCACAUUACUCCCGUUUCCAGUCAAUUACUGAAAUCUACUAAAAGCACAGGUGUAAGAAACUUAGAGUUACAACUAGAGAAAGCAUUUUUUCACGGACAACCAGCGUCUACCUGGAAAACUGUUGAUUUUGUAUCGGAAAGGGUCGCCUCGGUUUGCAUUAAACAUAUAUGUAAUACUCUACUGACGUCCUCCAGAGAAGCAAACUUGAACAACUUUGGGAAAAUAUUGAAGAAAAAGCAAAGCGAAAGACAAUCGGAAAAGGAAGAAGAAACAUUGUUCAAUAAUAUUUCCCAUUUCAAGGCGUCCGUACUGGGUGAAAUGAAUAUGUUAGCUGCAAAUAUGUCCAAGGAACUGAAGGAUCAAUGCGAAUUAUCUAUACCGACAAUUUGCGAGACGCGUGUUGUUAAAUCUAUAGAAUCUUUGUUGGCAGAAGACUCUCAAACGUCGGUUAAAGAAAUUUGUGUGAAAAUCGCAACGAGACUGGCUACUGAGCGUAUACAUCAGUGGAUACAAUCUUAUAUAGUGGAUUCAUUAUUUUUAAAAGACAUGGAAUUGGAAUUAAAUAGAUUUUUCAAGAAUAGUUCACCAUUGCAUACUGUUCAAGAGAAAAAACAUAAUCCGAAUGCUAUCAGUCCAACUACUAUCAUGGACGACUUAAGAGAGAUUAUGUGGGAUAUACUCGAUAAUGCUGGAGUAUCUUACAUAACGAUGACCUCAAUCACAACGAUAUUAGACAACCUUUAUCAAACGUUGACCGAAAGGGCCGACCUUUUAGCUGGUCCUGAGAAAAUUUUGUAUUUUCUCAGUUUAGAUUUUGCUCUGUUGCUAGCUGCUUAUCGGAGUGAUCUGUUCACCGAGAAGGUUCAAGACAAAUUCAUUAAAGUGUGGUCGAUGAGUCGUUGGAAGGCCUUAGAAUCGGAUUCUCCUAUAUACAGAAUGUUUAGUCCGCGGAAUGUUAUGCUAUUGGCGCAACCAGAAAAAGAUUACGUAUGGCCAUUUUUCGGAAAAUUUAUUAAGAGAUUAAUGGCAAAGGACAUUCUAGACAUCGACAGUUUCAGCGAUCAGUGUGUAGCGUUGUUUAGACAAGACUGGCCCGCGCCUAUAUUGAAACAUCUGUCGAGUUGCUUAACGGAAGCCAUGGUGGAUUUCAAAGCAUCGGACGAAACGGCAGAGAAAAUGAAAUACUUACUUGGAUGGAUCGCCGAGACGUACCACGAGAUAGAAUUACCAAAUGACUAUAGUCCUAUAGACUGAUCUUUCUCGUUUCUUAACCUGUUAACUAGGAAAAACAAAUUAAUUCGACAUUUCUAUUGAUCUAUGUUUCCUUCGUUUCCUUCGAUUGUUUUUCAUUUCUUUAUGUUUUUCUAUAUAUUUCUCAAAAAACUUUUCAGCUUAGUUCCAUUGUAAUAACAACAACGGUAUAAAUUAGGUUGUAUCAAGGUACAUGCGUUACAACUUCAUGUGUAUCAUGUGAUACGAUGGGGGUUUUCGUGGUCAAAGUAUCAGCUGGUUAACAGGUUGACUCGUUCAAAAGUUACAGGCUCUCGCGAGUCUGGUGUCAUACAGCUCCUCUUAUCGAGGUUUUCAGGUGUAAGAAGUCUAGCCCUUUUAGAAAAAUUCUCUUAACGUUUCGUUAACAUUAUAUGUUAGGCACGAUCGACGUCUCGAAUGACACACCAAUAAAUACUGUCAAUGAUAGCAAAAUGGUGGGAUUAUUUUUCCGGGAGACUGUGUCUUAUACCAAAAGCUUCAACACUAGGAACUAUAGGUUGACAUACUGUAUGUGUAAUAUAAUUGUUGUGAUAUGCAUGUAAAUUUCUGUAAAUUAACUAACUUAAUGACGGGAAAGACGCGUGUCCGAUGCGUCGCCACUUGAGAAUUGCUCUUACGCUAUAUUACGUAAUUGUAAGCUGACAAAAGGAAUUGUAAUUUUAUCGAGAAUCGUUCGUUCCAACGUGUCUGGGAAUAUUGGCAAGAACCAGGAAUAAACGAGCGAUGACAAUUGGGACGACGAACAUGCCACCGAUUUUGUAUUUCAACUGUGCACAAAUCAACAAAAACAGCAAAAGUCUCUACUCGCUGGUAGAUCUGAAGUUGUUCUCUGUAUGUAAAAUUAACACUUGGAUUUUAUUCCAUCGAAU